CUAACUUUAGACAGAUGAUAGCCAUGUCAGGUGCCACCCUGAUAUUUGUGUUUACAUGUCAUAGUGACAUUGAUGAAAUGACGUUAAAAUAAAAUGUGAAAUGUAUUAGUGUUUAAAUAACAAAUGUUCCUUGAGAUACAAUGUUGAUUAAGCCCCCACUGUUAAGUAGCCUCUCUGUCCUUAGUGUCAUGUGUGAUAAUGGAUCCUGAGAAGCUUCUUUCAAGUGUGAAGAAGGAUAUCCGCUCUCUCCUCAUCUCCUCCAAGCAUGGCCUUUCUCCAGAGCAGCUCAGGAACGACUACCAGAACAUGCUGGGCCAUCCCAUGCCACUCAAAGUCCUUGGUUUUCGCUCUGUGUUGGACAUGGUCAAGGAAAUGCCUGAUGCCGUGUACGUUUACUAUGCCCGCAAUGGCACGAUAGUGUUAAAAGCAAUUGGAGAUGAGACCACAAGAGGCAUCGAAGAGCUCGUCUCCAAGCAGCAGAACCAUAGGCACAAAACCAAGUCAAAAAGUGGCGGUACGGGUUUGUUCUCAUCACGUUCCCGCUAUCAACAGCACUCAUUUGUCCUCCCUCGUCGAGGACGCGCUCCCCUUGUUCUCCCUGCUCAGCUGCGCUCACAGCUCAGGCAGUUACUCACUCAUGGCCCCAUAGGGCUCUCUGAGCUGGAGAUGUGCUAUGCAGUCCGCUUCGGCAGGUCUCUCAAUGUCGCGCACUAUGGCUUCUACUCCAUCGCCGAGAUGCUGGCAGCUGCCUCGGACAUGAUCACGGUGAGGCAGACUCGCAUAGGGUCACAGCUGGUACUAAAGACUGAAGUCACACAAGUCAAACAAAUGCUCAAUAGUACUGCUGCACUCCCUAAACAGUCUGCAGGAAUAUCCAGAGUGUUCACUAGCUCAGGUAAGCUAAUAAAAUUCUCUGUGUCUGGGCAGAUGAUGUAUGUAUUCCAGCAUAUACAUAUACUCUUUAAGGUAAAAACUGUUACAAAAGUGAUGCGAGAAACGCCGAUGCUCAGCAAUAUCCACCCUGAAGCCCAGCAGAAACCCAAAAACACUGCAGCCAUCAGAAUACAGGAGAUUGAACCUGCCACUCUUGUAAUGCAAGAAAAGUCAUUUGAAAAGUCUGUUGCAAAGCUUGAGGAGGAGUUCAGGAAGAGGAUUAUUGAAAGCGGAGACGCAGGCACGGUCAGUCAGGAGCUGAAGGAGAAGCUUCGAAAGGUUGUCGCUGAGCAUAGUCAAGGCAUGGCCAUUCACAGUCUUCCUACAGAGUACAAGAAAAUGUACGGUGAGGACUUGCCACUGGCCCAGUGUGGCUUCCUGAGUGUGACCGAGAUGGUUGGAGCCCUCAGCGACACGUUCUAUGUGCAGCCAAGCAUUGAAGAAGGAGCAAAGCACUUACUCAUUAUGGAGUUCAAACCAAAUGAUCAACCAGCGUUGUCUCUGAACCCUUCCACCAAGGGACACUACUUCAGCUGCAGCAAGACGGCCUGGGAGUGUCGGGAUGAUGGAGAAGAGUCCAUGGAGUCCGACACUGAGAUCGAAAUCACCAACAAGAUCAUCAAUCAGACAGUGGAUGUUUUCCCAGUGACGGCUCUGAGCUGUGCCUCCAUGAUUCCUCUGGAUGCACUUCGGUGCCAGAAGCUGAAACCUCCCACUCGGAGGCGAGACCGAGAUCUGGUGGCUGUCGUGGUGGAGAGGAUUGAGUCACCCAGCCAUUUUUACAUCCGCUUUGAUGAAGACCAAGAGGCCCGCACCCUAGAGAACAUGAUGUUUCAAAUGAGGAGCUGUUAUUCUUGCCCAGAGGUGUCUGAACGUUACCGGCUCCCAGAUGCAUAUGUGCGACCUGGACAGGUGUGCUGUGUAGCCCUGGGAGACAUGUGGUUCUACCGGGUGGUAAUCCAUCGGCUCCUCACUGCCACAGAGGUGGAAGUGUACUACGUGGACUUUGGAAACCUUACUGUUGUCAGCAGAAACAGGCUGCAAUUCCUGAAGUCAUGCUAUGCUGAGCUUCCAGCACAAGCUGUUCCAUCUGUACUUGCUGGAGUGAAGCCAGUUAAGGGUAUUUGGUCUAAAGAAGCCACCAGCUCGUUCCAUAAGCUGUGCUAUGACCGCACCCUGGUGGCUGCCAUUCACAGCUACCAGCAUGACUUCCUGCUUCUGUUCCUGUGUGACACACAAACUGAGGAGGACCGUUACUUCCAUUGUAUACUUCAGGCCGAGGGUCAUGCUGUGGCCUGCGCUGCCACUAACACUCUGGUGUUACAGCAAGUGAGCCCUGUGACCUUUUACCUCGGUGAAGGCCAGCUGGAUGAAGUAAAGGAACAUUUUGCAGCAGUGACUUCUUCUCUUAGUGUCACAAAUGGACAAAACCUUAAACAUCUUCAGCCAGAUGCCUCUGCAGUACGCAGUAAGCUUUUGACAGAUGGUGUAGACAAUCAACAGCACAGCCAAGAAAUGGCUCUUCUUGAUCUUCCUGAGCUGGAAUUCAUUGAUGUGGCUCAGGGUGAAAAUUCUAACCCAUAUGAGGCACUGCUGAAUAAAGAUUCAGCAAACUUUGAUAACUGGGAUCAAGGACGGACGAACAAGGCCAGUGUCGAUGAGGAGUCCAAACUUCUUCAGAAUGGGCAAGAGAAGAGUGCAAAUACUAGUUUGCUGACACCUGUUCCAUCUAUCAAACCGGACACAGAAACACAGCCUGUUUUGGAGAGUAAGCACACUCUGAAUCCUGCAUCGACCCUGCACACACUCGGUGAUCAAACUCCAGGCCUGACCCACAGCUGCAGCCACCACACUGGCAUGUCUGCUGUAUUGUUCCAGCCUUUGCCCUCCAGCCUGAUGUUUUCUAUGUUCAGCUCUGGAGACAGGCUUCGACACAUGUCCCGUCUCGCAUUGGGCCCCUCAGCCCGUAUGGCAGCCGGACCCAGCCUCAUCCAGUGGUACACACACAAACCAAUUUAAACAAACCGACUGCCGAUACUGGUGUCUGAUACGCUGACCUGACCUAGCUACAGAUGAUUGUUGAGAGCUAUGCUGAGUUAUGCAGAAGUUGUUCGUGUUUGUAUUAUGUUGAAUGUUGUUUUACAUUUUUUCUUUUAUAUUGGCAACAUUUAAAAGCCCACCCAGACUGUAAUAUCAAACAAAGUAUGAAACCAUAGUGAGAGACAAAAGGAAUAUUGUUUGUGACUGAUAAAUUAUUUUAAAAUGUCUCUCAUGUAUUGAUCUAUUAUUAAUAUUAAUAUUGUUUAUCAGGUAAAAUUCUGAAUUGAUGUUUUUGUUUUUUUGAUGUACCAAUUUUAUCUGAUUUUCUGUUUUAUGUAAGUUUUUGUGUUCAUUGUUUUGCAUUGUUAUUUCCUUGUCUGAAGAAAACAUCAGACUGAGGCAGACACUAAAAGUCUGGACAAGAAAUGACAUAAUUAUUUUUUGUUUUUCCAGUGGAGAAAAAUAUUUGAAAUCAUAACAUGAUAUUGUUAACUGUUCUAUAUCAGUUAUUAUAAACAUUUUCAUGUUGCAUCUUGCCUGCACUCAAAGAUGUUCAAUCCAUCUACAGAGAGCUCACCCUCCCAUUUGCAGGCUCAGAGUGUGGGUUGUGUUAAUUAACUAUAUUUUUUUUAUGAGUUGUGGUAUCAGGAAUACAUCUCUCGUCUGUGUCCAGCUGUCUUUGUCUUUGCAAUAUUCACUAUGACACAGUGUUCACUGUGAGAGGACCUUUGCUCCUAUGAGCACCAUGGGGAAGAUUAAAUUACCCAAGCAGCAUGUCAAUAAUCCAGCCAAAUCCAUAACUCUGUAUUAGAAACAGACAAACAGCCCAGCUGAGGGCCCUGGUCAGCAAUUUUAUCCUUUAGCUAACUUAACCAAUGCCUCCUGUACUGAAUUGUCCUCAUUAAGCCAAUUAUUUCUUUUAAUGGGAGCUUAAUGGGUCUGUUUCCCCAAGACACCCAGGAGGCCUGGCCUUUUAGGAAGGAGCUGAAAGACAAUACCUCAUCCAAGCUCUGUGAGUUCCAGUCUCAAAGAAAACGUAUGAGGUGAAGCUAAAUAGUACGUUUUUUUUUAUGUGGAAAUCUAGGUUCAUGUUGACUCUAUUUUCUCACAAAAUUUGAACACCCCGUGUGAUUAUAUUAUGCACA